GGGCUUAAGUUACCGAUCAACAACAGUUCCAUUUCAGACUCUCGUCUUAGGCCUCGGAUUCCAUCAAGUCAAGAUGGAUUCUAAAGACGAGAAGCACGGCCUGCUUGCCUACGAAGACCAGCCUUCUACGGGGUUCGUGGAGAACCCAGAUAGCCAGCCUACUAUCAACAAACCCCGACCUUUCCGCCUUCGAAUAUGGUCACUAGGAUUCACUGCGUUCUUGGCAGUGACUACAUUCGCUUUAUGGAGCUCUUCAUCUCCUAAGCAUUGUCAUAAAGUUGUGCCGUUCAAAGGUAUAGAAGAUCGAGUCCAUAAGAUUCUUUCCGAAACACCUCUAAUCGACGGCCACAAUGACCUUCCUAUACUGGUGCGAGCGGUAUACGGCAACAAAAUCUAUAGCUCUGAUUUCAUCAAGCGCUUCGCAUUUGGUAAUUUAACCGGCCAUGUUGACGCACCACGCUUGGCCGAUGGCCAAGUCGGCGGUACUUUCUGGAGCGUGUUUGUGCCUUGCCCUGCAGAUGGCUUGGAUUUCUCUAAGCAGAAUUACGCGGAAAGCGUCAGAACCACUUACGAACAGGUUGAUGUGAUGACCAGAAUUCAAGAGGAGUUCAAAGGUAUCCUUUCGGCGUCGCCGAAUGGUACAACUGCCCUGGAUGAGUUCCGGAGAGGAAAAGUCAUUUCGCCUUUGGGUAUAGAGGGGCUUCACUCUAUUGGAAACUCACUCACGCAUCUCAGAGCGUUCUACAAGCUUGGUGUUAGAUAUGCGACACUGACACAUAAUUGCCACAAUAUUUAUGCUGAUGCAGCUCUAGUUGAGAUUCCCGGCGGCGGAAUCAAAAAGGCAGAUCCAGUAUGGGACGGUGUUAGCGAGCAAGGAAAGAUCCUCGUCUCCGAAAUGAACCGACUAGGCAUGAUCGUUGAUCUUGCCCACGUCAGCGAAGCUACAAUGCGCGAUGUCCUCGGUGCCGGAAAGGAUGACUGGAUUGGCAGUCAAGCACCCGUUAUUUUCAGCCAUAGUUCCACACAUGCUCUCUGCCCUCACCCUCGCAACCCAACGGACGAGAUCCUAAAACUUGUCAAAAAGACCGAUUCAGUCGUUAUGGUCAACUUUUAUCCACAAUUCAUUAGCUGCACUGCAUCUGACCGAGAAGACGGACUCCCCGAUUUCUAUCCACCAAAUGCGACUCUUUCCCAUGUUGCCAAUCACAUCAUGCAUAUUGGAAAUCUCAUUGGGUUUGACUACGUAGGUUUGGGUAGUGAUUUUGACGGCAUCGAAUCUACACCCAAGGGACUCGAAGAUGUCUCCAAGUAUCCGGAUCUGAUUGCAGAGUUGCUUCGACGUGGAGUAAGUGAUGCUGAUGCUGCCAAGGUAGCUGGAGGUAACUUGCUUCGGGUGUGGAAGAAGGUGGAUGAAGUUGCGCUCAAGUUGCAGACUGAGGGCGCGUUGCCGGCGGAAGAUGAUAUUCCUCCUUUUGGACCUGAUGGGAUUAUUGUAUAG